ACCUGCUUCACUGCUGAGACCUGUGUGCUGCCUAGUGUGUCUGACAGGAAGACAGUUUGUAUUCUGUGCUAGUUCACUGGGUUUUUUGGAGACAUGAAGACCUCGUGUUUUUGGCUCAACCUCCUGGUUGGACUUUGCUUCAGGUCGUCUUUUGCUUUUCCUCCCAAACAUCACACACAACAGGCUUCAUUGAAAGGACCUCUGGUCACAGGGAGCAUCCAACAUGCUCCCCAACAAAAGGCUCCAGCCGAGGAACGAGAGCAGGUGAACACUGUCUCAGUGACCUGCCAUCCAGACUCGUUGGAGAUCAUCAUCAAAGCUGACCUGUUUGGAGUUGGAUUUUAUGUUCGUGGUGAUGAAUUACGCCUUGGAGUGGAGUACGAUGAUAACUGUGUCGCUAGAACGUCUUCAGAAGAAGAAUUCAGAAUCCAUGUUUCACUCGUGGACUGCGGCACUAGACGAUGGAUGACUGAAGACACUCUGGCCUACACAAACCUGCUGAUCUACUCUCCUGUGGCCUCUCCAGAUGGGGUGGUUCGCAUGGACGAGGCUGUAAUUCCAAUCGAGUGUCAUUAUGAAAGGAAGUACAGCGUGUCCAGCUCUUCACUCUCUCCCACCUGGAGCCCCUUCACGUCGACCCAAACUGCUGAUGAAACUUUGCAGUUUGACUUUAGAAUUAUGACAAAUGACUGGCUCCAUGAAAGAAGCUCUAAUGUGUUUUACAUCGGUGAGCCCAUCGCCAUCGAAGCCUCAGUCAGGGUUGGACAUCACAUGGCGCUCCGAGUGUUUGUCAGCAGCUGUGUGGCGACGCUUGACCCAGAAAUGAACUCUGAUCCCAGAUACGUCUUUAUUGAAAACGGGUGCUUGGUUGACUCUGAGCUUCCAGAUUCUAGGUCUCGCUUCUUUUACAGGGUAGAGGAUGACAAGCUCCACUUGACUAUUGAUGCCUUCAAGUUUUAUAAUGAGGACCAGGGACAGAUCUACAUCACAUGUCACCUGACUGCCAAUGCAAAGAAUGCUGCAGAGGCGCCAAAUAAAGCAUGCUCUUUCAUAGAAGACAGAUGGAGGUCAGCUGAUGGUAAUGACUAUUUUUGUGGCGAUUGUCAAAGCCCCAAUAAGCCCAGCAACCCUGGUAAGUUCGGUCCUCGCGGAUUUGGAAAGCCAGAAGAACCUGAGCAGUUCUGGAGCAAAGGAAAGAAGACCAAUGCAGUGUGGGGACAGGAUGCAAGAGUGGGUCCCCUGAUGAUCUUACCUGCCAAGCAACAAAGUGAGCCAAUACCUGCAGAGAUGCUUCCUGUUCUCAGUAGAGUCACACAACCUUCACGAUCUGGAAGCCAUUGGAGAAGUGUCAUGAAAGACAAAGUUGAUGAAAAGGGUCUUGGUUCACAAUCCACAUCAGAAGAGGUGACUGUUCAGACUUUUGAUGAAGCGCACACCGAUGUCAAAAGUACAUCUGGUCUAGAAGAUGACUAUGCUGGAAAAAACUCUUCCCCCGAGGACGCCGUGAAGUCAAAGGCAGCAGCGCUGGAUGGAAACGGCACCACAGGCCUCAAUGACGUCAUCUCCACUGCUCAGUUUACAGAGGCUGUGACGCUCAUGUCAAAUGCAACGGGACAUUUCCUUUCAGAUGCAAAUGACGCUGAAAUAUAAUGUAUUAAACGGUUUUAAUUGUUUUCUUGUAACUAC